AUGCUGGCCCCUCCUGAAGCCAAGGACUACUACAAGACCGAAGAGUACCGCCUCAAGCUGGAUGAUGAUAUUGUGAGCAUCCGUAAUCAGCUCGACUCCGGUAUUGGCGAUAAGCUCUUCGACAAAUACCGUGCCAAGGAGAACAACUUGGACGAGUUCGAAGGCCAAUACCAAGUCAUCAUAGUCGGUGCCCUGAUGAUGCGGGCCGGUGCCAACAUCAGCAAGGAGCAACUGCAGCACCUGCGGGACCUUGUUCCCAAAAUUGACUGCCAGUAUGGCUACGCCCUUCCUUUCCGCGACUUGGGUUUCCGUGAUCCGGGAAAGGCCCAGUUCCUUGCCGCUCUCGACAACUAUCAGCCGGGAGCCCCAAGGGACUAUCUGGAACCAAGCUGCUUCCACUGCGGAAAGGUUCGUGCCGACAUUGGCAAAGCUCCCAAGGGGUGCGGACGCUGCGAGCAAGCAUGGUAUUGCAACGUUGACUGUCAGAGGGCUCAUUGGAAGGUCCACAAGCCCCAGUGCAAGCACUUGAACGAGGUCAGAAUUCUGAACGUUUAA